GAAACACCGUAAACGUAACUACAAGGGAAGAGGAAGACCCGUGCAUGUCUCACGUACAACCCGCGUAAAAAAAGCUAGCUAGCUAACUUUUGACAGACGUAAAAGGAACCAUCAUUAACAAAACAGAGCAAAGACUGACUUGCCUGGGCUUUCCUUGCACCAUGUCUCGACCACUGGGAGAAAGCCAUAAAAGGUUCCUGCAAACCAUGAUGGUCAAUGGGAUCAUUGAUGGUGCCAAGGCAAGGGCUCUCCACCGGCAUUGCUGUGAGACACACGGUGCACACUAUGCUCAUGAUAAACUUGAUGAAUUCAUCGAGGUUAUCAAUGCCCAGCUGCAGCCCAUGUUCAUGCAGAUCAGAAAAGGGAUGUCUGAGGAGGAUGGUCUUCAGUACCAUGCUUUGGUGAACAUGGCUGAAACGGAUGUGACCAGGAUGUCAACUGAUUAUGCAGACAACGAGUUGGAAUUAUUUCGAAAAACAAUGGACCUAAUUGUGGACUCUGACAAUGGAACCGCCUCUUCCACGGACAUUCUUAACUGUGCCGACAGCCUCCAGACAAAGAAGCUAAAGAAAAGAGAAACGGAACAUGUACUGAACAGGCUUGUUCAGGAUAAGUGGCUGAAUGAGAAAAAUGGAGACUACUCUCUCUCCACUCGAUGUAUAAUGGAGAUGGAGCAAUAUAUUCGGAUGUUGUAUCAAGACCAGGUCAAGGUCUGCCAUAUCUGUCACAAUGUGGCCUUGCAGUGCCAGAUGUGUGAAAAUCCUACAUGUGGCAUCAAAAUCCACACCCCUUGUGUCGCCAGAUACUUCAAAGGAAGGACUGAUCCACGAUGCCCUGCCUGUGAGGACUUCUGGCCACAUGAGAUCCCAGAUGUGUAUAGACCUCCGUCCUCUCAGAGCGAGACUCAGUCAGCAGCCAAAGAGAACACGGCCCCCACCCCUCGGUCUACAGCUCAGACCCGGAGGACCAGGAGGUCAUAACCUCACGGAUGUAUGUAUAGCUGUCAGAACUUUCAGUACAAUGUUUUGCCUUCCUUCAAAUGUAAAGAGAACUCAAUUUCAGUUUGAAUGUUGAUUAUAACAUUUAAUAUAUAAUAAAAAUGUUUGAUGUUCUCCUGAAAGAAUCUAA